AUGGCGCGCUGUUCAGAUAUUGCAAUUUUACUGAGUUUACCAUUUAAAAUACUGUAUUAUAUGUGUGAGUCUGCUAUUCUGUGGAUGGUUCCAUUGUCAUUACGACGGAAGCAAUGUAUUGAAGGGGAUACGGCUUUGGUUACCGGUGCGGGAAACGGUAUCGGUCGGCAUGUUGCACUUGGCCUGGCAGCCAAGGGCGUCCGUGUGGCGCUGUUGGAUCGGGAUGUUCAAGCGGUCACAUCGGUUCACCAAGAGAUACGCAGUCGAGGUGGCCAGGCGCAUAUUUUUAUUUGUGACCUUUCUUCGCGCAAACAGAUUUACGAGACGGCAGCGUCGAUUCGAUCCACUAUUGGGGAAGUAACUAUUUUAAUUAACAAUGCCGGAGUGGUGAAUGGCAAAACAAUUCUCGAUUUAUGCGAUGAGGAAAUCGAGAACAGUUUUGCGGUGAAUGUAAUGGCACAUUUUUGGAUGGUCAGGGCGUUUCUUCCCGACAUGAUGUCGCAGAACCGCGGCCACAUAGUGACCAUCUCGAGCGUAGCAGCCGUCGCCGGUAUUCGCAAGCUUGGUGACUAUUGUGCAUCAAAAGCAGCAGCUACCAUACUGCAUGAAACUGUCGCUACGGAAGUUCGGGUAGCGGGAUAUAAAGGGAUACAUGCGACCCUUGUAGCACCUUACCUAGUGGACACGGGAAUGUUUGCCGGUGCCACAAGCAGAUUCCCUUGGAUUACGCCCAUUCUGGGACCAGCCGUCGUAGCUGAGAAAGUCAUCCAAGCCAUCUUGUAUAAGGAAGCAAAGGUCACUCUUCCAGCCAUCAUGAGAUUUUUAAUUCCAAUUUACAGAAUACUUCCUACAAAGAUCGUGGAGAGCAAAGACGAUAUUUUUGGGCUACAAAGGUGCAUGGACAAUUUCACCGGUCGGAAGCGAAGCGCACACUCGGACUUAUAAACGACGUUUCUCCAAAAUGCAUGAAUACCGGCAACAUCAAUUUCGCAUCAUUUUCUUGUUUAACUACUUCUUUGCAGCAGUUGCAGUAAUUAUAUGAAAUUCAAAUGCUUAACCUUCAUCUGAGCAAUACGUGAAUUCCGAGUUUGUCAACCGAAACAAGGGCCGAAACAAGGACCAGCCAUAACAUAAUUUCUUUAAACUCUAUGAAUUUGCUUUCUAUCACGAAGCGGCUAAAAACUUAAAAUCGGUGCCUACGGCAAAACAAUAUUUCACAAUUAAACUUUAGAAUUUAACCAUUUUCUUGAUCGU